AUGGCUCCCCCCGCCAAGCUCCUUGCUGCUAGCUUGCUCCCUCUGCUUGCCAGCGCGCAUUUCAAGCUCAAUGCUCCGCCCACAAUUGGCUUCGACGAGGACAAGGAGGACACGGACCCCUGCGGUGGCUUCACGCCUGACUUCUCCAAGAACAAUGUCACCGACUUCCACGUCGGUGGUGAGCCUGUUGUGCUGUUCCUCGGACAUCCUCAGGCCAAUUGGCUAUUCCGCGCAACCCUCGACACGACAGCCUCCAGCAACUGGACACAGAUAUUCCCCAUUGUCCAGCAGAGCGGACUGGGUGACUUCUGUGAGCCGAGCAUCACCGCGCCAGAAGGUUGGAUUGGCAAGCAGGGUGUCGUAGGUCUCGUGGCCAACGCGGUAGAUGGCUUAUUAUUUCAGUGCGCUGCUGUGAACUUUGUUGAAGGCACUGGCGAGACAAGCUCCGAUUGCAAGAACUCGACCUUGACUGCCAGCUUCGUGGCAGACAGCCAACUCUCGGCGCUGGUGAGCUCGGAUAGCAGCAGCGGCAGCAACAGCAGCGCCACUGCAGCGACUACUACGGGAGCCAGUGCUACUCAAACGACAAGCCCGACGGCGAGCACCAGCGACAAUGCCGCCGCGGGCAAGCUGGCAUCGAUGGGCCAGUCAGCGCUUGGCAGCGUCCUGACGGUGGCAGCAAUGGGCCUUCUGGGAGCUGCGUAUAUCGUAGCGGCCAAGGCGGACCAUUGGGAAGAAUGUGGCCGAGAAAUGGAGCCUUACAUUGGAUAG